AUGUCUAUCUUUCUCUGUUUCUCAUGGGUUUUCUUGCUUCUCACGUUUGUCUCGUUAAUCUCUUUCGUGAGAAAGAUUAAAGAAAACAAAACAUUUUAUCUUCCUCCGAGUCCUCCAACGCUUCCCAUCAUCGGAAACUUGCACCAACUCUCAGGACUACCUCACCGUUGCUUUCACCACCUCUCCAUCAAAUACGGACCCGUGGUACUUCUUCAUCUCGGCUUCGUUCCAACCGUUGUCAUCUCCUCGAGUGAAGCAGCCGAAGAAGUCCUUAGAACCAAUGACCUUGGAUGCUGCAGCAGACCAAAGACUGUCGCCACGGGGAAACUCUCGUACGGUUUCAAAGACAUCAGCUUCGCGCAGUACGGGGAGUACUGGCGAGAGAUGCGAAAGCUCGCUGUCGUCGAGCUAUUCAGCCUCAAGAAGGUUCAUUCAUUCAAGAACAUCAGAGAGGAAGAGGUUGGAUUCAUGGUUAAAAAGGUUUCAGAAUCUUCUUUAAAACAAUCUCCUGUUGAUCUAAACAAAACCUUUUUCUCUUUAACCGCAAGCAUCAUUUGUAGAGUGGCUUUAGGACAGAACUUCAACGAGAGUGGGUUUGUGAUUGAACAAGAUAGAAUCGAAGAGCUUGUACGUGAUGCAUUGGUUGCUCUUGGUAGUUUCACUUGCUCUGAUGUUUUCCCUGGUGGACUUGGGAGAUUGUUAGAUUGGUUGUUUGGUGGACACAAGAGGAUAAACAAAGUGUUUGAAGAGCUUGAUGCCUUUUACCAGCAUGUGAUUGAUGACCACUUGAAGCCUGAAGCAGCAGGGAAGAAAGCUAUUGACUCUACGGCAGAUAUUGUUGCACUCUUGUUGGAUAUGAUGGAGAAACAAGGGAAGAAAGAUUAUUUCAAGCUCAACAUUAGUAAUAUCAAGGGAGUCCUCAUGAACAUAUUUCUUGCAGGGAUAGAUACAGGAGCUAUAACCAUGAUAUGGGCCAUGACCGAACUCGUUAGAAACCCUAAAGUGAUGAGAAGGGCACAAGAAGAGAUACGAACCACCCUAGGGCUCAACAAGGAGAAGAUCACUGAAGAAGACGUUGAAAAAGUUGGUUACCUAAAGCUCAUAAUCAAGGAAACGUUUAGGCUACACCCAGCAGCUCCAUUAUUACUCCCCAGAGAAACAAUGUCUCACGUCAAGAUCAACGGCUACGAUAUACCUCCCAAAACACAAAUCCAACUCAACGUAUGGGCCAUAGGACGUGACCCCAGGAGAUGGACCGACCCUGGAGAGUUCAUCCCUGAACGGUUUGCUAACAGUUCUGUGGAUUUCAGAGGACAACACUUUGAUCUAUUGCCGUUUGGUUCUGGUAGGAGGAGUUGUCCUGGUAUGUCUAUGGCGCUUGCUUCCGUGGAGUUAGGAUUGUUGAGUUUGCUUUACUUCUUUGAUUGGAAGUUGCCUGAAGGGAUGGUUAGUGAAGAAGACAUUGAUAUUGAAGAAGCUGGUAAUCUUACCGUUGUCAAGAAACAGCCUCUUCUACUUGUUCCUGUUCGACACCAUUGAUGAGCAAAGAGCUGUCACAAAAAGCUUGAUUCAGCUACUGAGUUAUCUUAUCCGUUUGUGUGUUUUUGAUCCUCAUGGAAAGAGUACGAGUUUAAAAGUUAAGAAUUUCAGUAUAUCUUGUGUUGUAUAAGAAAUAAAUGUAUGAACAACGUGAUAAUAAUAUCAAUAUGUAUCAAGAAUUAAUUUAUGUACACUCCCUACGUUACCUUAAA